CAUGAGGGGGGAAAUGUGAAUCAAUUGGUAGGUUAUUCUUCUGGCAAAGAAUUCAAUUAAUCCUAUCAGCAAGAAACACAGUAAUAAUAAACAAGUUCUCGAAGGUGGGGGAAGAUCCUACGCUUGUUUUGUUUGUGUUCGGACUUGUGAAAUCUGAAAACAAAACCUAACUAACAGUAACACCAAUUAGAGCUUGGUUUCCAUUCCAUUUCAAUUUGAGGUUCGAAAACUGUACCGAACUGCGGUGUAGUGUUUGUUGGUGUCUUGAGCAUGGCGACGCAACUUAGCGAUGCGGAACUCAUAGCCAGCUUGCAAGCCAGGGUCAAGGUUUUUUCAUUCAAUUUCAGCAUAUUUUCUGGUUUCUGCUAUUCGGAAUUAGAAGCUGAGAAUGCAAAGCUAUUAUCUCAACUUGCUGAUUGCCGCUGUCAUGAGAUGGAGAAAAAAUUGCAUAUCCCUGAUGAGAAAGGCAGGGAAUCAAAAAAAGGCAACAGGAAAUCUGAAGAGAAGAUAGAGAAAAUGCCAGGUUUUAUGGUUUUGCUUCAGAGGCACAAAUGGAACCAACUGUUGAGUCUGAACUUUUUAAAGCUUUUGAGAAAACUAGGCUAUUGGUUGGUGAUAAGAAGGAGUCACACUAUUCAAGAUGUGGUAGAACAGACAAAGGGGUUUCCUCUGUUGGACAAAUAUCAAGAGGAUAACUUAAGUGGCAGAUUGUUGCUAAAGGUUUGGGGCCUAUGCUGGUUAUACAGUAUUUAUUGUUCAGUUCACGCCAUUGAGUUGUAUAUUGCUGAUACAAAAAUGUGUGGAAAAUUAUACAUCUUUAUUUUCCCCUUUCAUAAAACCAACCUUUUUUUUGUAGAAGGGGAAAUAGAUUAUGUUGGGGUGCUAAAUCGAGUCCUUCCAAAUGACAUUAGGAUUAUGGGCUGGUGUCCUGCUCCUGUUGAUUUCCAUGCAAGGUUCAGCUGUUUAAGCAGGGAGUAUAAAUAUUUCUUUUGGAAAGAAAACUUGAACAUCCCGGCCAUGGAAGUUGCUGGAAACAAACUUGUAGGAGAACAUGACUUUAGAAACUUCUGUAAAAUGGAUGCAGCAAAUGUGCACAACUAUAGGCGGUGCAUCACAUUGUUUGAGAUUUCUUCUACAGAUGUGAGGUACAAUGAUAAUCAACUUUGGGUGAUUAAAAUAAGAGGUAGUGCUUUUCUAUGGCAUCAGGUUCGCUGCAUGGUUGCUGUCCUAUUCAUGGUUGGCAAAGGUCUUGAAUCUCCAAAUGUGAUUGAUAUGCUACUGGACACUUCUAGAAUCCUAAGGAAACCCCAAUACACUAUGGCUUCAGAGGUUCCAUUGGUUCUUCAGUCCUGUGAAUUUGACAACAUUAAGUUUAUGUGUUCAUCAGAUGCGGGAGAAGCGCUGCGUGUACACUUGGUGAAUGAAUGCCAAAUUUACCAGCUUCAAGCUGCAAUCUUACAUGAAGCUCUUCUAAAUUGCGUGCCUCUAUCAAAUGAUCAAAGCUUGCUGCCUUUUCAAGGAUCCAAGAAGAAAGUUUCCCAUGUCCCUCUUAUGUCACGACCAACUGAGCCAUCAUAUGAAGAACGCCGAGCCAAACUCAACACAAUUGCAUGAAGAUUUCGUUGGUCAUCUCCGUUAUAUAAUCUGUUUGGGUGAGCAUUUGUAAACUUGAUUUUGGAUGAUCAUAAUUUUGUAAAAUUGAUAUGAAUUUUAUUGUUUGUUUUUCAAAUCUUACUAAAUUUGGUAGGAAUUUAUUUGAUUAAAUUGAAGUAUAUGGAUCGAUUAUUUUAUCCUAUUAAGAGUGUGCUUGAAUAAA